CUGCAGGUCAUUGUGAGAUGCCGGCCUCUCAGCGACAAGGAGGUCCGGGACGGGCGGCAGCAGGUGGUGCAGGUAGACAGUCGCGAUGGGCAAGUCUCGGUAAGUGGUCCAAAACGCUGCGCAAGGGCCGCGGCGGAGGAGAAGUCCUUUGCCUUUGACCAGGCCUUUGGGCCCGAGUCGCGGCAGGAGGAUGUGUAUGCGGCGGCGGGGGCGCCGCUGGUGGAGGCGGUGCUGCAGGGCUUCAACGCCACCGUCUUUGCCUACGGCCAGACGGGGUGCGGCAAGACGCACACCAUGGAGGGCCGGGAGCCGCCGGCAGAGGGGCGUGGCAUCAUCCCCCGCGCCUUUGACCACAUCUUCAACGAGAUUGAGAAAGGCGGCCACCCCGCCAGCCCGUCAGCCUGCAUCCGCAUGCCACCACCGCCACCCGCCCUGCACCCCCCCCUGCUCUCGGAUGCUUGCCUCUAUAUCCCCCUUGCCGCGCCACCCGCAGGCGCGGGCGGGCGCGACGUUUUGGUGCGCGUGAGCCACCUGGAGAUCUACAACGAGGAGGUGCGGGACCUGCUGAGCCGGGAUGCCAAGGCGCGGCUGGAGCUGCGGGAGACGCCCGAUAAGGGCUUCCACGUGCGGGGGCUCAAGGAGUUUGUGGUGAAGAGCGCGGCGGAGAUGGCGGCGGUGCUGGAGGUGGGGAGCAAGAACCGUACGGUGGGCGCUACGCUCAUGAACCAGGACUCCUCACGCUCACACUCCAUCUUCACCGUCGUGGCCGGCAGCGGCAUCCGUGUGGGCAAGCUCAAUCUGGUGGACCUUGCCGGCAGCGAGCGGCAGGCCAAGACGGGGGCCACGGGGGAGCGGCUGAAGGAGGCCAGCCGCAUCAACCUGAGCCUCAGCGCUCUGGGC